GGCAGCCACUAUUCAAUCCUUAUGUCAACCAAAUUAUGCGGCAAGCACUACUAUAGUCAUACCAGAUCAAAAGAAAAAAGGAGAUCAAGUUAUUAAAAUUGCGGACCAAUUAACUAUUAACAACGAAACCAGCAAAAGUGAAACUAGCAACUUGGAUGAAACUAUUACGGUUAAAGAAACGGCAGAUAACAAAGUUGAUGUCAACUUAGAUGAAACUAUUACGGUUAAAGAAACGGCAGAUAACAAAGUUGAUGUCAACUUAGAUGAAACUAUUACGAUUAAAGAAGCGACAGAUAACGAAGUUGAUGACACUUAUGACACUAAAGAUACGGGCGAAAAUAAUUCAGCUAAAGCAGGUUUAGAACCUAAAGAGGCUUAUGAAGAACAUGAGAAUGUCGUUAUCGAAGAAGAUGGAAAUCGCCAUGUUUAUGUUACUCCAAAUCCACCAUGA